AUGUUCAGCACACCCGUGGCACUCGCGAGGUCGGCCUGGAAAGGGCCAUACUUUGUUGCGUUCUCCAACCUAAGUCGAGCCCGAACGGAUAAUAUUCCUGUGAAAACUAUGUCACGGUCCUGCACUAUUCUACCUAAUUUUGUUGGUGUAAAAUUCCUUGUCCAUAAUGGAAAGCAGUUCCUCCCGGUUUCGGUCACACAGGACAUGGUUGGACAUAAGCUCGGAGAGUUUGCCCCUACUCGAAAGAGAUUCACAUUCAGGCAAACCAAGAACAAGUAG